AUGUCAUCAAUCGAAAAUCUACUACCUAAUGAUAUCAAAUUACCACCAAAAGAAAUUCAAGAAACAAUCGAUAAAACAAUAACAUACAUUAUAAAAAAUGGUAAAAGUUUUGAAGAAAGAUUGACAAAGAACAACACCAAGAAGGACAAUCAAUUUGGAUUUUUAAAGACGGAUUCAGAGUAUCACAAAUUUUACCUAAAUCAACUAGCUAAAGCAUCUGAACAAACUAAAAAUAAAUCAAUUCAAGAAGAAUCAACAGUAGUUGAAGAAGAAAUAACUCAAGAAAUACCCAAACCUGAUGAAUUAACCUUUUUAAUUGAUGAAUUUCCUGAAAAUUUAACUACAAAAGAUUUAAAAAUCAUCAAAACAACAGCAUUAUAUAUAUCAAUAAAUAGUACAUUAGAAACAGAAUCUAUAAAAAUAACAAACUUAUUAUAUCAUGAAUCAAAACGAGGUAAAUCAGCACAAUUUGAAUUUUUAAAAAAUACCCAUUCAUUAAAUCCCAUAUUUAAAAUCUAUUUAAAUCAAUACAGAUUACUCAACUCCAUGUUCACUGAAACUUCAAAAGAACUUGAAAAUUUAAAUAAUUUAUACCAAACCCAAUUAGAUAAUAAAUUCAACUUAUUAACAAAAUCAUAUAAUAGAGCACUCUACAUCAAGCAAAACCAUCAAAAAUCAAAACAAAAAGCUAAAUCCGAAAAAGAAAAAUUGUUAAAUUUUGCUUCAAUAAAUUGGCAAGAUUUUUCAAUUUUAUCAAUUAUAAAUUUUAAUCAAAUUGAUAAAGUAAAAGAACUUAAUGAACCAAUUUCAAGAGAUUCAUUAAUUCAAAGAUCAUUAACUUCUAAAACUAAAGAAAUUGAAUUGAAAAAAUCAAAAAUUCCAUUAAUUCAAAACCCUAUUGAAAAUGAUAAAAAUGAUAAACUGAAAGAUUUCACCACUUUAGAUUCUCCAGAAUCCUCAGAAAUCAAUAAACCACCACCUAUAAAAGGUAUGAAAAUAAAAUCAGCAGGUUCAACAAGAUUAAAAAAACAAAAAAAUUCACAAACAUCAUCAACUACAACUUCACAACUUUCAACAACAACAACAACCACCACAACAAGUACAAAAAUAAAAUGUCCAAUUACUGGUAAAUUAAUCCCACAACAAGAUUUCGAUCAACAUUUGAAAAACUUGUUAAGAGAUCCUUCAUAUAAACAACAACAAGAAAAUUAUUUAAAAAAAAAUUUUAGUUAUGAAUCAAAUAUAUCAACUGAUCAAGUUUUUAAUAAUAUUAAACGGUUAAUGAAGAAAAGAAAUUUUGAAAAUGUUAACGGUAAUGAUGAUGAAGAAAAUAAUUAG